AUGUAUUUUUUUCUCUUGUUUAAUAUUCUUACUAUCAUUCUACAAAGUUGUUCCAGUGUUCAUCCUGGUGAUCCUUUUCUAAUAGAUCAACAUCAAUCAAAAAUUCUUACAUCAGAAGAUUUAGUCAAUGAUAAUGAUAUAGAAGAUCCAAUUGAUGAUGAAAUUCCAUUACAUUCGACAUCAUUAGUUGAUUCAUUUGAUUCUACAAAUGAGGAAGAAAAUUUUAUAGAAUAUGUCAUAUCAACAUCCACACCAACAACUAAAAUUCAUGAGACUGAUGUUGAAAGAAAAAAUCUUGACAAGAAAUUAUUACAAUCAACUACAAAAUCUAUACCUUUUUUCCAAUCUCAUGAUAAUAAUAUUGAUAAAAAUAAUAAUUUCGACAAAAAAUUAACAUUAUCACAAGAAUCAUCAACUUUAUCAUCAAUAAAAUCAUUUAAUCAAAAGAAUUUAAUUAAAAUUGGUCGAUGGAAAUAUAUAGAUCCAAAAACAAAAGAAACUCGUUAUUGGUAUGAACCUGAAGGUGGUCAUAUGGGAUUUGGAUGGAUAUUUGAUGGAUUUAUAUUUCAAGCUUAUAAUAAAUCAGAAACAAAUACUGAACCAGUCUAUGCAUUUCAUUCAGAAAUUAGAGCUAUUUGGACUAAUACAAUACAAAUGGAUCCAAAACCACCUAUUAUUGGUUAUGAGCAAUGGAUAUCAGAUGGUGUUUUAUUCUAUGCAUAUAAAACAUCAAUGAAUUCGAGUGAACUUCAACCUAUUGUACGAUAUUGGAAUAAAUUAAAACCAGGUACAACAGAUGCAACUGAAACACGUAUAACAUAUCUUAUGAUAAAAGCAGAAAAUAAUGAUUUUGAAGAUCAAUCAGAAUGGACAUUUGAUAAAAUACUUUUUUAUGUAUUGCCAAUUGAAUAUUGA